AUGAAGACCAAGUUCUGCACCGGGGCCGAGGCGGAGCCCUCGCCGCUCGGGCUGCUGCUGGGCUGCGGCGGCGGCGGCAGCGCGGCCCCGGCGCCCGGCGUCAGCGACCUGGAGCCCAAGCCGCCGCUCGCGCCGCCGCCCCCGCCGCCGCCGCCGCCCCCGCCGCCGCCCGCGGCCGACGAGCCGGAGCCCCGCACGCGCCGCAGGGCCUAUCUGUGGUGCAGGGAGUUCCUGCCGGGCGCCUGGCGGGGCCUGCGCGAGGACCAGUUCCACAUCAGUGUCAUCAGGGGCGGCCUCAGCAACAUGUUGUUCCAGUGCUCCCUGCCAGAGACCACGGCCACCGUGGCCGACGAGCCCCGGAAGGUUCUCCUGCGGCUGUACGGGGCGAUUCUGCAGAUGAGGUCCUGUAAUAAAGAGGAAGCCGAACAAGCUCAGAGAGAAAAUGAAUUUCAAGGGGCGGAGGCAAUGGUCUUGGAGAGCGUCAUGUUUGCCAUUCUCGCAGAGAGGGCACUGGGGCCGAAACUCUACGGCAUCUUCCCCCAAGGCCGGCUGGAGCAGUUCGUUCCGAGCCGGCGAUUAGACACCGAGGAGCUGAGUUUGCCAGGUAUUUCUGCAGAAAUAGCUGAGAAGAUGGCCACGUUUCAUGGCAUGAAAAUGCCCUUCAACAAGGAACCCAAGUGGCUCUUUGGAACCAUGGAGAAGUACCUGGCUCAGGUGCUGAGGAUGAAGUUCACAGAGGAGCCCAAGGCGCGGCGGCUGCACAGGUUCCUCGGUUACAACCUGCCCGCGGAGCUGCAGGAGCUGCGGUCGCUGCUGGAGUCCACUCCGUCUCCAGUUGUGUUUUGUCAUAACGACUGCCAAGAAGGGAACAUCUUGCUGCUGGAAGGCCGAGAGCACUCUGAAAACCAGAAGCUGAUGCUCAUCGACUUCGAGUACAGCAGUUACAACUACAGGGGCUUCGACAUUGGGAAUCACUUCUGCGAGUGGGUGUAUGACUACAACUGUGAGAGGUACCCCUUCUUCAGGGCAGACAUUCGGAAGUACCCCAGCAGGAAGCAGCAGCUCCACUUCAUUUCCAGUUACUUGGCUGCAUUCCAGAACGACUUUGCAAACCUCAGUAGUGAAGAGAAGUCCGCCGUAGAAGAAGAAAUGCUGGUGGAAGUCAACAGGUUCGCCCUGGCAUCCCAUUUCUUCUGGGGACUCUGGUCCAUCGUGCAGGCCAAGAUUUCCUCCAUUGAAUUUGGGUACAUGGACUACGCCCAAGCGCGGUUCGAUGCCUAUUUCGAGCAGAAGAGGCGGCUCGGGGUGUGACUGUGAGAACCCCACCUACUUGGUCCCUGGACCGCGGGGGAGGCGGCCGGCGGGGUCCCCCGUGCUCGGGCCCCUGCUGCUGCAGCAGGAAGGCCCGGCGGUGCCGCCGCUGCUACUAAAGCCGAGUGCCGUGGGCGGCCUUCGUUCCUGCGUGUCCACCGCUGCACUCGGACCCCGGAGUGAGGUUGGGAAGCGGCAACCCAGUCCAGUGGUGCACCAUGUCAGCCUGUGGUCUGGAGAGGGCGGCCACCCGGGCAGGGCUCGGGGCCAGAGCGGCCAGGGCCCACGGUGUCCCCGCGGGGCUCCGCUUCCCGCUGCCGUGUGCACAUGCCGGUGGGCGUGGAGCCGGCUCCCGUGGGUGGCGCUUGGCACCCAGCGACUGACAGGCAUACUGUGAAGUGCUCCACGUGGAGGCCCCGUCGGGCUGUCUCCAGGGGGCGCCCGUCCUGUUUCCUGAAGCUGCUGUCACCCUGGGGUCCACGUGGCUGAUGGGACGCGCGGUGCACGCGAGUCGUGCGCCGCAGCUCUUCCGCACCUGUGUACAUUUCGUCUCCAACCCCUCGCCGUGCCCUCCCCCACCGUGUGCUUUGCUAACUCCAGCCGUGGGCACACGUGCUGGCUCCCCCUCCAGUGAGGCUGCUGCUGCCCUGGGCGGGGGUGUGGGGUGGCUGUGAACCCACGUGCGCAGUAACUGUCCUCGCUGACUUUUUUACUGAACCCAUUUGUGCAUAUAUUUCUGCUACCACAGGAUCGUACUAUACAAAUAAAACCUAAAA